GUAGCAGUGAAGGGCUGAACACAGAAAACAAGUGUUUCUGUUGUCAGUAGCAGUGACAGACUUUCAGCACUCAGUGUGAGGAUGGGGCUCACUGUGCUCAGUGUGCUGUCCUUAUUCCUGCUGAAUAUUACCCUCUGCUGUGGAGACGCUCAAGAUGCUGAGCUGAGUCUUAAACCAAACGUGUCCCAUUUAUUUGCUGGAGAGUCUGUAACCUUCAUCUGUGACAUGAGAGAGGGAAAUGCCACUGACUGGCUUUACAAAUUCAACUGGAAUGAUCAAGAAAUGAUCCACUUCAGUAAAAGUAGCUCCUACUCACUUUACCUGACAGCAGAGCUGAGUGGGAAUUAUCAAUGUAUUGGUCGCCGCAAUGGCUCAACAACUUUUACAAAACAGAGUAAUAACCUGACUCUGUCCAUAUCAGCACUCGGACCCACGGCGACUAUAACAGCAGACAAGACAACUAUUCCAGUGGGGGGCUCGGUGACACUGACCUGCUCUGUUCAGGGCUCUGCUGGUUGGACGUAUGAUUGGUUCAGACAAAUCCCAGAUUCUCAUGAAGUAGCAAAUAAUACGAACACUUCAAAACUGCAAAACUUUAUUCGUGUCUCAGACGAAGGCAUCUAUCAGUGCAGAGGAAGAAGAGGAAACCCAGGUUUCUUCACAAACCUCAGCAAAGUGUAUCACAUUCAGAAAACAUUGUCCAACAGGGCCUUUGUGACUCUGCAACAGAACUGGACUCAGAUAUUCAGCGGUGAGAUGAUCACCAUCAAAUGUGAGAUCCAAGGAGGAGAAAACACUGAGUGGCAGUAUGAAUGGAGAACAACAAGCUCAAAAACACCUCCCACACACAGUGAAUACAACAUCAGCAGGGCUUCAUUUUCCUACAACGGGCAAUAUUGGUGUAAGGGUAGAAGAGACGUGUUCUUCUCAACAGCUUGGAGUGAUGCUUUUACACUAAAAGUCUCAAACAAACCCAGACCCACAAUUACUGCUGAUAGGAGAACAAUACCAGCUGGAGGCAAUGCAACACUCAGCUGCUCUGUGGGGAGCUACAAUGAGUGGAAAUACUUCUGGUUCAGACGUGCCUCAGUCUUUACAGAAAUUCAGGUGAUUAGAAACAAAGAACCAGAUCAAAUGAUCACUGUCACACAGGGAGGUAUCUACUACUGCAAGGGAGGGAGAGGAAACCCCGUUUUCUUCACAGAGGACAGUGAUCCAAUCACUAUUGAAAAAAGAGUUUCCAACAAAGCAGUUGUGUCCCUGGAGCCCAGCUGGCCUCUGAUAUUCAGUGGCGAGAAGAUCACUGUUAGAUGUCAGAUUUCUUUAGGUGGAAGCACUGAGUGGGAGUAUGAGUGGAGCAAACCCGACUCAAGCACAGUUCUGGAAAAUAAUGCAUACCUAAAUCUUAAUGCAUCUGUGAUCAGCAGUGGAAGCUACAGGUGUAUGGGUAAAAACAAACAGGAGCUGUUCUCUGUGACAGAGUGGAGUGAUGUCAUCACACUGACAGUCUCUGGAAACAGACCAAAGUCCAGCAUCAGUGCUGACAGUAGAGUCUUUCCAGAAGGUGAUACAGUCACCCUGACCUGCUCUGUGACACCAUCUACUCCUGGUUGGAGUUACUACUGGUACAGAGGCAAGAAAACCUCAGAACCACUGACGAUGGCAGAAGUUGUUCUCCACUCUGAUGGACAAAUCGGUGUAUCACAGGAAGGAGACUAUUGGUGCAGAGGAGGACGAGGCAACCCAGUUUACUACACAGACUACAGUGAUGUGAUCAGUAUUAAACAAACUGUUAGAAACAGGCCUGCUGUGACUCUGCAUCCAAACUGGCCUGAGGUAUACAGCGGAGAGACAAUCACUUUGAAAUGUGAGAUCCCAGGAGAAGACACUGAGUGGGAUUAUGAGUGGGCAACAAGCAGCUCACAUCAACCUCCAAACCAAAAUGAAUACAAGAUUAACUCUGUUUCUACAUCACACCAUGGGCACUACUGGUGUAAGGGCAGGAUGAGAAGUGCACAACAGAAUUCAACAAUGUGGAGUGCAUCCUUUCAACUAAAGAUAGUUUAUGAUAAACCCCGUCCUGUCCUCACUGUGUCUCCAUCAUGGCUGAGUCCUGGAGCCUCAGUAACUCUGAAGUGUGAGGUUGAACAUCCGUCUGCAGGAUGGAGCUUCUACUGGUAUAAAGCUGUUAGAUGGGAAUCAGGCAUGAAUCACCCCUAUGACUAUGACUCCUACGACUUUGGCCACUUUGACGAUGACAGAGACUGGAUUCAUUAUAAUAGAAUUAAUCAUGUCUACAAGUAUGAAUUAUUACCUGGAAGCAUCAGUGGGACUGCACAGGACUCCUACAUCAUUCAUGGACAGACACACACAGCAGGAUAUGUGUGCAGAGCUGGAAGAGGAGACCCAGAGUAUCACACUGAUCACAGUCAACCAAAGUUUGUCUGGUCUGCAGAUUUAAAUUCAGCAGCCUCUCUCACAGUCAGCCCUAACAGUGUGCAGCACUUCAUCUUUGAUUCAGUAACUCUGAAUUGUUCUGGAAACUCUUCUCAGUGGAGAGUGAUGAUAUUUACUCAGCACGGCUACCUGAGAAAACUCCUGGAAUGUGGAAACUGGGGGAUAAUGACCGAAUCCACAUGCAACAUAUAUCUUCUCCGGUACUACUGGUACCAAGAUCCUGUGUACUGGUGUGAGUCUGAAUCAGGACAGUUCAGCAAUGGAAUCAACAUCACUGCACAUUAUACUGGUGUGAUCCUGGUGAGCCCUGUCCAUCCAGUCAAUGAGGGGGACUCUGUUGCUCUUGGCUGCAAGUUGAGGACAGGAAACUUAAAUUCCACUGUUGCAUUCUACAAAAAUGGGAAACUAAUUCAAAAUGAUGACCGAGAAAAGCUAAAUAUCCCUGCAGUGUCAAAGUUUGAUGAAGGCUUCUACAAGUGUGAAUAUUCAGGACAUGAGUCACCAGAAAGUUGGAUGUCAGUAAAAGCAUCCAGAUCUUCACUUUCUGUCUCUCUAAUCAUGGGGCUGGUUAGUGGUAUCUCACUGAUUCUCCUGCUGUUCCUGCUGCUCUGUUGUUGGCACAAAAAACCAAAGGGUACACUUUGUAUCAGACCAGCCCAGUCUCAGGAAACCAGUCAGACUGCUGCUACAGUUCAAACUAUGAGCCAGGAUGAAAAUCAGCAGCAAAUAUAUUCCUCUCUUCUUCACGGUGACAUGAAUGUCUAUGAGUCAUGUAGACCUUCUGAAAACACUGGUGGACGGACAGACGACUACAGAAAUAUCUCUCUUCAGCUCAGAAGUGCUGGACAGAGGAGAAAGCGUGAUGAUCCAGAGGAAACCUCUGACUACCAUAAUGUAGAUCCAAACUCAGCUACAGGUCCCUAAAGAGAGGCACAGCAUCAACAAAACAAGAGAAGGUCGACAGCAACAUGAAAAAACAAACUAAAACAUAAAAAAACAUUAAUUCUUAAACUUUUAAACAUCAACAUUUUUACAGCUGCUGUAUAUUAAUGAUCCUGUGGGCAAAAGUUGUUAAAGCUAGGUUAAGAAGAGAGGUGACAGUCAGUGAUAUGGCAGCAUAUGGUUUCAUGCUGAGAAAGAAGUAUAAGGAAGGUCAGAGGGAGCUUCACUGUGUCUUUGUGGAUCUAGAAAAAGGAUAUGGUGCCAAGAGUGUGGGGUACUGCAUGAGGAUGUCAGGAGUAGCAGAGAAGUAUGUGAAGGUGGUGCAGGACAUGUAUGAGGACAGUGAGACAGCAGUGAGGUGUGUGGUUGUAACUUAACAGUUCAAGCUGGGGGUGAGAUUACAUCAGGAAUCAGCUCUGAGCCCCUUCUUGUUUGCAGGGGUGAUGGACAAGAUGACAGAUGAGGUCAUGCAGGAGUCUCUGUGGAUUAUGGUGUUUGCAAACAACAUUGUGAUGUGUAGUGAGAGUAGGGAGCAGGUGGAAGAGAGGCUGGAGAGGAGGACGCAUGCAGAGAAGAGGAAUGACAUUCAGUAGAAGCAAGACAGAACACAUGUGUAUGAAUAGGAGACAGUUUAACAGUGAAGCUGCACAAGGAGUAGAGGAAGUGAAGGUGGAUAAGUUUAACUGAGAGCUCCAAAGAGAGCGAGGAAGGCCAAAGAUAAGAGUCACAGAUGUGGUGAAGUGGACAGUGCACGAGAGGUGAAGAAGAGAGUGCAGCAAGGGUGGAGAUUAGUGUCAGGGGUGAUUUGUGACAUAAGGACAGCAGUGAGAUUGAUAGGGAAGGUUUGCAAGACUGCACGACUAUUUAUUUAUAAAUGAUCAAUUAAUAAAUGUUGAUCGUUUGGUUGUACCUCAUGUUACUUUUCUUAUCAGUUGUUUGUUUUCUUGCCAGCUUUUGCAUAAUUGUGUAAAUGUUCACAGUAUGAUUCAGAGUUUAAUAUCAAACUAAAGGGAAAUUACCAAGACACUUCCAACUCUAACAAUACUAAGCUCCUAAGUAUCGUAAUUGUACUGGUGACCAUGUCUCAUGAUCACCAGUAUAAACAUGCUCAUGAGUAUCAUGAUGAGUAAUUCUGUGUGUAAAUAUAUAAGAAACAUAUAAACAUUGGGAAGUUUGAAUUUUGUAGAAGUGUUUUAAUAUGAAUAUAUUGUAUAUAAUUAUAAAGUGUAUUAAGUAGUUUUUCUGU